AUGGCACCCGAAAGCGGAUUUCAGCUUUCUCCUCACCGAAGGGUCAGCUGGGGAGAGGGAAAAGAGAGAAAUGGGGGAUUUUGUGUUUCUCGGAGGUAUCUUACUGCCGCAACCAUCUUUGUAUUGCAGGACAUGACCUAUCUCUGUAUCUCGGCCUCGGAUUCAUCCGGUCAAAACCUCCUGGCUGGGGUCUCCCGCAGCACCACCAUCCUGGUGGCUUACCUCAUGACGGUGACCGAGCUCGGCUGGGAGGACUGCCUGGCCGCCACCAAGGCCGUGCGGUCCUACGUCAGCCCCAACUUUGGCUUCCAGCAGCAGCUGCAGGAGUACGAGGUGACUUUGCUGCAGGAG